AUGGAUCCGCUGGGCUCUCUCCUGCUGCUUUGUGCCGUGCGUUUGGCGCUCUGGCACCAGCUGACGUUGCAAGUCCUGGACUUCGUGCAGGACCCCUGCUUCGCCCAGGGGGAUGGACUCAUCAAGCUUUAUGAGAACUUCAUCAGUGAGUUUGAACACAGGGUGAACCCCUUGUCCCUGGUAGAGAUCAUUCUUCAUGUUGUUAGGCAAAUGACAGAUCCCACCGUGGCCCUUUCUUUUCUGGAAAAGACCCGGGAAAAGGUAAAAAGCAGCGAUGAAGCGGUCAUUUUGUGUAAAACAGCCAUCGGGGCUCUCAAGCUGAACAUUGGAGACCUGCAGGUCACAAAGGAGACCAUUGAGGAAGUUGAGGAGAUGCUGAAUAAUCUCCCUGGGGUGACUUCAGUUCACAGCCGUUUCUAUGACCUCUCCAGCAAGUACUACCAGACCAUUGGGAACCAUGCCUCCUACUACAAGGAUGCUCUGCGCUUCCUGGGCUGCAUCGAUGUUAAAGAUCUGCCAGUAUCAGAGCAGCAGGAGAGAGCCUUCACCCUGGGACUGGCCGGGCUUCUGGGAGAAGGUGUUUACAACUUUGGGGAGCUGCUCAUGCACCCUGUUCUGGAGUCCCUGAGAAACACCGAUCGGCAGUGGCUGAUUGAUACUCUUUAUGCCUUCAACAGUGGAAAUGUAGAGACAUUUCAGGCUCUAAAGUCAGCGUGGGGUCAGCAGCCCGAUCUGGCAGCAAACGAAGCACUUCUGCUGCAGAAGAUUCAACUGCUGUGUCUAAUGGAGAUGACUUUCACCCGACCGGCCAAUCAUAGGCAGCUCACUUUCGAGGAGAUUGCAAAGAGUGCCAAAGUCACUGUGAACGAGGUGGAGCUGCUGGUGAUGAAGGCGCUCUCGGUGGGGCUGGUAAAAGGCAGUAUUGACGAAGUGGACAAGAGGGUGCACAUGACGUGGGUGCAGCCACGUGUGCUGGAUUUGCAGCAGAUCAAGGGGAUGAAAGACCGCCUGGAGUUCUGGUGCACAGACGUGAGGAGCAUGGAGAUGUUGGUAGAGCACCAAGCCCACGACAUCUUAACAUAGAGGACCUUGCGCUGCGCUGAGAGGGGAAUUUUUUACUGCUACUGAUGCUAGUAGCCCUCAGACCACUGACUCUGUUCCGAAUCACGUUGAAGGGGGGUGGGUGGGCAGAGGAGAGAGCAGCAUUUUUGACGCUUGUCCGGAGGAGUAAGUAAGUGGCCUUUUGCUGUGUAACCUUUUUGUGCUUGGAGUCCAGAUUUCCCUACAUGCCGACACUGACCCUGGGAGCUCCUGUCCUUCCUUGUCCAAGGAGGGCAGAGGCUCCGCGGAGGCCGAUUUAGCAGCCUUGCUG